UCCUCACUGACUUUAGCUUGGAUUUUAGGGGCCUUCCUAAGAAGCAGGCUACUGUCUUUGGGAAAUGAUAGGAAAAGGAGGUUUAGACUCCAACUGAGUGCCCUUCAACCUGGGAUCCUGACCCCAUCCAGGUCUCCCAGGCACUGAGGGAUGGGGCUGUGUUUGCAGAAUUGUGCACAGUCAAGGGGAUGGCAUCAGGGCAGGAGAGGAACAAUCAGCAGCCCAGAGGGCCUUGGGAGCUCUUCCUGCUGGAAGGGUCCAUGUCCUGGACCUGGAGGAAGUGACCUCACUUCCUUGGUGACGGGCCACAACAGAACAUGGAACUCUGGUAACCAGGCACCCACAUUCUAGUGGUAGCCAUUGCCAGCUCACUUGAUAGGAAACGUUGCAGGGAGAACUAUGUUCCCUUGCUGCUGCCCUUCAAGGCGAGGCUCUCGCAGAGCCAAAGCCCAGAAUGAAGGUCUCUUCCAGCGUGUAACACGCUGGCUGAGCUCUCACUAUGGACGCCUGUGGCCACGGGGGAGGAGGCAGCCACAGGGCUCCACGCUGGAGAUCAGCAAUGAUUCCCAUGAGGAACUCAUCUUCUCAGGCAACGGACAGUUUGGAGGUGUGUCCACACUGCACCUGGCAGAGGUCUGCCCCCUGCGGAGCCUGCAGCCAUGCACCGGGGCAAAGCUGGAGGAGUCCCUGGUCCUGGCCUCCCCAGGAAGAACCAUUGCUUACCUGUCCACUCUGCUGUGCUCAUAUGACGACUUCAGUACUGUUCCGUAUUUCCUGGACCAGAUAUUCCAUAGCAACAUGGCUUCCUUCCUGGGACGCUGCAGAGACCUGUACGAGGCAGAGCUCCAUGGCCGCACCAGCCUUCCACUGCUGAAGAUGAAGGUGGGCUGCAAGCCUGUCAGCCUUCCUGGAGGAGAUCUGGGGACCCAGGUGUACUUUCUGUAUGCCCUGCCCGGACACGUCCAGCACCCUGAGGCCAAAGCAGACGCUCCUGCUCUGCGUGCAGGGCCAGCACCCUUCUGCGUACUGGCUCUGGAGCCAGCUGCAGCACCACUGGCUCAGCCAGGACCUGCUCCAGAGUCAGGGCCAGCUUCCCCAUGGGGCCUGCCCCCAAGCGCACAAUCAGCACCAGGGCCAGCUCCACAGGCCUCCUCUGGCUGGGCUGGGACUGCAGAGAGGCUGCUUGGGGAGGAGAUGGUUGACAUCACCGCCUUCUCCCCCAGGACGAUGGCAGAACAGCUCACGCUUCUGGAUGCGGAGCUGUUCCAGAAGGUCGUGCCCUUCCACUGCCUGGGCUCCGUCUGGACCGAGCGCAACAAGAGAGGCAAGGAACACCUGGCCUCCACUGUCCGUGCCACCGUCCAGCAGUUCAACUGCGUGACAAAUUGUGUAGUAACCACAUGUUUGAAGGACCCCAAAAUGAAGGCCACGGACAGGGCCCGUGUGGUGGAGCACUGGAUCAAGGUGGCCAAGGAGUGCCAGACCCUCAGGAACUUUUCCUCGGUCCACGCCAUCCUGUCUGCUCUGCGGUCCACCUCUCUUUACCGUCUGAAAGAGACGUGGGGAGAAGUCUCCAGGAAAUGCUGCAAAAAAUUUGAGCACCUGUGUGAGAAGGACAAUGGCUUGAGCAGGGAUCGGCUCACCAAGAAGGGAGCCUUCAAGCUUGCUUCCCGGGAGAAGAAUCCGCAGAGAGCACAGAUGAGGCUGCGGAAACAACAGAAGGGAGUCGUCCCCUUUCUUGGCACCUACCUGACAGACCUGGUGAUGCUGCACACUGCGAUGGGGGACUCUGUGCAUCAGGCUGACAUCAGCUUCCAGAAACUGAAUAAGGAAAUUACAGUCCUGCAAGAAAUCCAACUGCUACAGGUGGCAGCGAGCAAGUAUUAUUUUAAGCGUGAUGAGGAGUUUGUCGUGUGGUUCCGGUCUGUGGAGUUUCUCACGGAGAACGAGAGCUACGCCCUCUCCUGCCAGCUGGAGCCCUCAGCGAAGAGGCCUGCAGUGGCCUCAAGGCCAUGAACGCCAUUGUGAUGCCCUGGUAUUGGAACCUCAGGAGCAGAUCUGAGCUCAUUGUGAGCCUGGUGCCUGGGAUAGUGGCCUCCCUGCUGUGAAGCUGAGGCCUGCGUUGUAUCAGUUUAAUUGCCCCACUUAUGUUUUCUCUUUUUCCUAUUUAACUAUAGUCACUGUUAGUAACUCCCUAUUAGAAUUUUAUUAAAGUUAAUAUAAAUAUG